AUGAAGAUUCAUCAUAGAUCAUUUUCAUCGUCAGAUCGGACAUUAUCACCAAAAUCACCGACACAGCAGCAACAGCAUAGUAGCGGUUACCGAUCACUUACUACAUCAACACCAAACGCCCACACCCUUAGUAGGAAUUAUCAAAACAAUCAUCCCAACAGCCAAUACUUUUACCAACACCACCAAUAUAUACCAAGCAUGGCUCCUCCACCACUCAACAACAACGAGUUGCUAGAAGGAAUCAAACAACAGAUCAACAAGAGAAACAGUCUAAACUUGAGUUUGUCACCGCCCUUGAGUGGUGGGUCCACUGGCAACUCGCCACUCUCGCUAUCAGGCGAGCUUUUCCGUGCCAAUCCAAGUUUGGCAUUUGUUUCACCACCUCCAUCACCACCCAAACAACCCUCCUCUCUAGCGUCGUCUCCUUCCGAAUCAAAGAGACGAUCGAUCCUACUCUCCUUUACAAGCAGCAAAGAUAAAGAUAGCGGCACCAGUGGAAACUCAUCUCCACUCUCACAUUCAUACGGCAGCGAUGAUGGCUCGUCAUUCACCCCUAGUAGUGGAAGCAACAGCAGCAGCAGCAAAGAUAAAAAGAAAGAAAAGGAAAAAGAAAAGGAACGAGAAAAAGAAAGAAAAGAGGAAAAGGAAAAAGAAAGAAAAGAGGAAAAGGAAAGAGAAAAGGAACGUAAAGAGGAAAAAGAAAAGGAAAAGGAAAGAGAAAAGGAAAAGGAGAAAUCGAAAAGAGAUAGUGUCUGCCUACUAAACUCUUCACAACCAAUGUUAUUAAAAUCAAAUGAUUUAUUAAAUGCCAGAAGAAAUCUUAAAAGCGCAAUCACUGUUACAAAUAAGGCUUUAGUUGUACAAUCAUCAGAUGAAGGUGAAGGAGGAUCGAUGGAAUCACCAGAAAAGAGAGGUUUCCUAUAUAUCUUAAAAACCGAUACCAACUAUGCAUCAUUAUCAACAAGUCCUGAAAGUUGGAAUUACUGUUAUUGUUCGCUAAGAGAAGGAUGUAUAUAUGUUUAUGGUUCACCAAAUGAUUUACAAGAAAUUGAAAUAAUAUCAUUAAAUAAGGGAUCAGUAAGAGAAAGAGAGAUAAAAGAUAAUUGUUUCCAAUUAAAUGCAUUUGUACAACAACAAUGUGGAGAGAUUGAACGUUCAGUUAAAGUGACUAGAUAUUUGUGUACAGCUCAAAACGAGGAAUUUGAAUACUUUUCAUGGAUCGUUUCGAUUCGUGGUUCCAUCUUUUUCCUUCGCUCUCUUACUACCACUCAAACACUUCGAAUCCCCAAAAAGAGACAAACUAUGCAUUUGUCGACACCACCUAUUACUGGCAAGGCAGCUGCUGUACCUAAUAUCCCAACCGUCACAGUCACAGCACCCGUCACCUCCUCCAAGGAUGUCCCAUCAUCGACCAAAGACGAUACCACUGGAAAGGCAGUGGUUACCAAACCAAAGGAUACCACUAAAAAGGAUAGCGCACCUUCCUCGCCACCACUCUCUUCACCCGACGAUCCACUCGAUUUCAACGGCGCAAAGAAGGGAUUCUUGGGUGUGCAAGGUGGAGGUAAGCUAUUGUCCAAGUGGAAGAACCGUUGGGUUGUGCUCAGUGAUGCCAAUCUGGCCAUCUACAAAUCACAAGAUGCAGAGUUGAAAAAGGAUAUUAGAAAGUCACUCAACAUCAUAUUCUGUUCGGCGAAGGUCACCAAAUCGACCAACGACAAAUACACCUUUCAAGUGGUCAGCACCAACAAGACUAUCAACUUUAGUUGUCAGAAUGGUUCGAUGAUGCUUGGUUGGAUUACCGCUAUCCAAGCAGCUCAGUCUUUGGCAAUGGAAUCUUAUCUCCAAUACGAGAUGGGUGGUGGUAAAGACAGCAGCAGCCAUGGCUCCAAACUCAAGGGUGACGACGUCGAAGAUGAAAUCCAAUCAAAGUUGGACAAAUCCAAAGAAUCACUCAACCGUCUAAUAGCAAUCGAUUGCAAUAGAGUAUGUGCCGAUUGUGGUGCACCCAAUGCUAUUUGGUCGUCUAUCAAUAUUGGUGUUUUCAUUUGUAUCAACUGUUCGGGUGUACACCGUAAUAUGGGUGUACACAUUUCAAAGGUACGUUCAGUGACCAUGGAUAUUUGGGAGCAAGAUACAAUCGAGUUCUUUGAGGGAAUGGGCAACGACAAGGCAAACGCAAUAUGGGAGGGAAAACGUCCUGCAGACAUCAAGAAACUAUCUCCAACCGACAGCAUGGAAGAAAGAGAAAAAUAUAUACGAAACAAAUACGAACAUAAAUUAUAUUACUCGAAUUAA